AUGUCACAGCUUGCCAUUUCACGCGUAGCCCUACGGUACAGCUUACAUGGCACCUCUCGCACAUCACUGAGGCUCAUUGAGGCGCCAGGCCGCAUUCUGCCUGCUCUCCGCUUCACAACACCACAAUGCUCUUCGCACACCGCCCGCGGGUUCUCCUCAAACCCGCAGCUGCAGAAAAAGGCGGGUAAAGCGAAUAGAUCACACGCCCGAACCGACUCGAACCCACCAGUGAACAAAGGUGUUGCACCAACCCCCACCGAUGAAGCCUACGACGUCUCUGGGCUGGAGUUGCAGAUACUCAAAGCAAUUGAGAAGCUCACGCAUGAGCUGAGUCAGCUACGCAGCGGAGGGAAGCUCAACCCGGAUAUCGUAGAGAGCUUGAAGGUGCAAUUGGGCACGGCUGGACAUGGCAAAGAGACUGUAAGGUUGGGAGAUAUUGCCCAAGUUGUUCCAAGAGGAAGAGUACUGAAUGUCAUCUUCGGAGAGGAAGGGCACAUCAAGCCUAUAACAACCGCCAUUGCCGCUUCACCACACUCUCUCACACCUCUCGCCCCCGAACCCUCCAAUCCUCUAACCAUCCAGGUCCCUCUGCCGCCCCCGACUGGAGAAUCACGUCGUGCAGCGGUCGAGUCGGCUGUCAAGGCUGCCGAGCGUGCUGACAAGCUCAUACAACAGGCCCGGCAGGAACACAACAAGAAGCUCCGAAAGUACGACAUCAACCGCGAAGUGCUCCCGGAUGAUAUCCAAAAGGCCAAGAAGUUAAUGGAAGACGUGGUUAAGAAGGGCCAUGUUGAAGUUAAGCGCAUCAGUGACGGUGCCAAGAGGGUCCUUGAAAGCCAAUAG